GGCCUGACGUGCUCCGCACCAGCGACGCGUAGAGGGUGGUCCCGAACGGGCUGAGAGGGGGGAAGGUCUUAAUCUAUUUUUUUUUCCUUUUAUCUCACCCUCCCACGUCUUUAGCGUCGCCAUAAUAGUGUUUUAUCAGUUUCACCGGGCAGCYGGUGGUCACAGGCCCGUUUAAAGCACCGGGACGUGUAGUUUUGUCCGGAACGUCCAGCUGAUUGAGAGGCGUUCAAUUCCUCCACUUCAAACUGAAGCUGUUUUUGUUCCACUUCAGCGGAAGCUCCGGACGGAUCGGCUUCUCCACCCUUCCUCUCCGGCUUGUGGACUUUAAAUUUCAGGAUUUGUUUUUUUAUUUUUAUUUUUUAAUCCAACUUGAUAGUCGGAGCGUGUUCCUGAGUGGAGGACCAGGCCUCGGACUCAUCCCCAGACUCGCGUUUCCAUAUCGAGUCUUUUUCUUCUUUUUUUUAGGGGAAGUCAUGGGAGACACAAGUGAACGAAGCAAAGCUUCGACACUACCUCCCCGGUGUCCCUGUGGGUUUUGGGGGUCAAGUAAAACCAUGAACCUUUGCUCCAAAUGUUUUGCUGACGUCCAGAAGAAGGAGCCCGAGGAGGACUGCUCCUCCAAACCAAUCCAAAGCACUGGGAGUAGCCAAUCGCCCGUCUUCAGCAGCGAGACGAGCAGUAGCAGUAGCCAGUCGCUAUCGUUGUCGCUGCCCUCCAGCUCGGAGCUGCCGUCGGCCGAAGAGCCCUCGCCCAUGUUCUCCAGCAGGACGGAAG